CCCCCAUCUUGGGACACACAACGCAAAAGCUCAUCCUCAUCUCAUCAAGUCCUGAGUGCAUUGCUAGCUAGCUCCUAGCUGAGAGAGAGAGAGCCAUGGCCAAGCUCCAAGUCACUCCGGCUGCCGCGUUCACUGAGUACAAAGAGCUUAACUUCCAAGGCCUGUACCUGCACCACAUGUUCUGGAACCGCCCAAAGGCCAACCAAGCUCGGAUCAUAGAAAACAAGGCACCGCUUGGUAUUGGUGCCACCGUUGUUAACAACUGGGAAGUAUAUGACGGGCCAGGGGAAAACGCAAAGCUUGUUGCCCGUGCACAAGGCUCGCAUAUCUAUGCCGGGAAAUGGGCCAAUUCCUUCAGCCUAGUGUUCGUGGAUGAAAGCAGGUUCAGUGGGUCCACACUUGAAGUGAUGGGGAUAGUAGUUGAAACUGGGGAGUGGGCUGUUGUUGGGGGCACCGGUCAGUUCGCUAUGGCAAACGGUGUCAUCUCCAAGAGGUUGCAUAAAUCGACAAGCGAUGGGAAUAUCAUAGAGCUUACAAUCCGUGCCUUUUGCCCACAGCUCAAAGGAACAAUGUAUCCGGUCAUAAAAGUUGGGCCAUUCGGUGGGAGUGGAGGGUCUGCAAUGGACAUCACAGAAGCACCCAGGCGUCUGGAAAGCAUCACCGUUUACGCUGGCGUGGUCCUGGACUCCAUUGCAUUCUCCUACAUCGACAACAGUGGUCAGAAGCGCUCUGCUGGUCGCUGGGGUGGCCCCGGUGGAGGAGGGCCUCACACGAUCCAGCUUGGCGAGUCUGAGGUGAUCACAGAAGUGUCUGGGACAUUCGGCACCUACUACAAUGCCACCACGAUAACCUCCAUCAAAUUCGUCACAAACCUUAACAAGACCUAUGGGCCUUGGGGCGGCGGGCAGGGUGCUUCAUUCACCAUCCCCGUGCAGCCAGGCAGUGCCAUCGUGGGCUUCUUCGUACGCGGUGCGACAUACCUCCAGGCCAUUGGUGUUUAUGUGCGGACCCUCUAGACACUGAGAAGCAGCCGCUUUGCAGAUCCAGUUUCUUUCAUCUCAUUUCCUACUAGUUGGAUCGUCGCUAAAGUUCUCAGUGUGGCAUGUUUACCCUUCUACGUACUUCACUUAGUUGCUAUUUUCCUAAUAAAGUACUGUGGUCAGUGUGAUGUAUGUUACCUCUGUCAUGAAUUUUCACAAAUACAGACCUCCAUUCAUGCUUGUGUUAUUUC